AUGCCUAGGAAUGAAGAACAAUACCUUGGAGUCACGAUAUAUGGCCCCAGAUGUCGCUGCGAUGACGUGGGCAAUUUCAUGACCCAAGUCAACUGCUUUUUGGACGAUCCCGUUGGAUGUGAUUUCAAUGUGCCCUACAUGAACCCUCAAUGUCUGUUCAGUCUUCAUAAGGGACUGCCGAUGACUUUUGAUCUGCCGCAGUUGCAGCAACCAUACAUCGACAGUUUUUCACGAGCCUCACUCGAUAUUCUGUCCGGUUUCGAGACUGCUGAUGAUUUCGAGUCAUCGGACAGCCCUACAGCUCUACUCACCGAGUUGAAAGAGCAUCAGAAACAAGCCCUUACUUUCUUCCUGCAACGCGAACGAGUGUUCGGUGUCUGGGAAUCACAAUUACAGAGCCAUGUUCAACAGGGCAAGUUGGCAUGGUGCAUGCAUCACGGCAAACGGAGGUUCAAGCUGAAGGACCACGAAAAGCCGCCCGUGUUCACUACCUACCAGACCCUCGAGGGAGAGAACCGCAGGAGCGUUCGGAGCAGCGAUUCUAUAUUCUCCCAUCACUGGAGACGCAUCAUACUCGAUGAGGCACACACAAUACGCAACCACAAGACUUCUACUGCGCAAGCAAUGGCCGCGCUCCGUGCGACUUCGAGAUGGGCAGUCUCGGGCACCCCAAUCCAGAACAGCCUGCUCGACUUCCAUGGCCUCUUCAAAUUCCUUCAUUUCGCCCCCUACGACGAUCCAAAGGCCUUUGAUGACGAUAUCUCGAGCAUAUGGCGUACAAAAUCUGUCGAGGAGGCUGGCGAAAUAUUCAAGACACUGCUCUCGUGCAUCAUGAUACGUCGAACCAAGGCUAUUCUAGAUCUGCCCAGCAAAGACGAUCAGUUGAUACGUGUGCCAUUCUCUCACGAGGAAGAACGACAUUACCGCCAAAUCGAGCAGCCCGUCCUGGAUAUGCUGGAUCGCACCACAGGAAAUGGCAGCCAAACCCAGGUCCCUUGGAUGACCGCUAUACAACAGAUCAACAAACUCCGUCUUGUUUGCAACUUAGGCGUCUUCACUCCUUCGCAAGUGAACUGUGUCUCGCCCCCUGGCAGUUUAUAUGACACGACAUCCGUGAUGAGCGCCCGCUUCUCAAUGGGUGGAGGAUUUUGCGAGCUGUGCUUCCAGCCAGUAGAGACGUCAAUACUGAGUACUGGACUCGCUGAUCCUAUACAAGAUCAAGUCUACUACUCAGCCUGCAGCAAGUUCUACUGCGCUGAUGUCGUGUUUUCGUCCUGGACAUCAAGUCUCGAUAUGGUGGAGAGAGCGCUUCGGUCUAAUCCAGACCAAGUCAUUCAAAUCGUCCGAAUCGAUGGCAAGGUCCAGCCGAAAAACCGCAACCUUGCGAUAAAGCGGCUUCGUGAAGACCCUAGUAUACGCGUCAUACUGAUCACCAUUGCUUGUGGCGCCUGUGGUCUGGACCUGACAGCGGCAUCUGCAAUCCACCUUCUCGAACCCCAGUGGAACCCAUCUCUCGAAGAUCAAGCGCUCGCUCGCGUCCAUCGACUUGGACAGACUCGUCCCGUCACCACCAUACGCUACAUUAUGAAAGACUCGUUCGAAGAGCACAUCCUCAAAGUUCAAGAUCGCAAGAAAUUACUCGCCACAACGCUCCUCUCGAAUGGCUCUUCGCUCGAGAUGAUGUUCGACUCAUACUUCCGCGCCGCUAUCCGACAAUUGAAUGAUGGCAUCAACGGAGGAGAGCUGUGCGUGCCAUGUCAAAUAGCUCUAGAAGAAGACGAGCGUGCGGGCUUCGCUAGCAUUGGUACGUCAGCCUGGCUGAACAACGGCUUCAAAGAAUACGACGAAUACCAGCAUCUGACCGAGCCUGUUCUCUAUUGCGACUGUUGCCGUCAUGUUCUUCGCGCCCGAGAGUUCCAAAGACGACAAGGAAGAGAUCAAAGUCCAUCGGUUGAUGCGCAGAAGUAUCCUGGGGAUUUCAACGGGUUGACAACGUGUGUGUUUCUACAUGAUGAUGACCUGGAUUCGCAGGAGUGUGAGGCGGCCUUGAAGGAAUUCAAAGUUCACAAAUCAGAUUAUAGUCAGACAGUAAGACAUCACUGGGCGGAUGUGGAGUUGAUCAAGAGUUGGCUUGGUGACUGCGAAAAAGACCACGGCCAUGCCUGCAAUAAACACCAGACGACAGUUACUGAUACUGGGCCGCUUUUACUUCUGGAUGUUAUCGAUGAUUCUCUCGCUGUUGGGAACUUCAAGGAUCGGUAUUUCGCCUUAAGUUACGUUUGGGGCGCUUCGAAACAGUUCCUGACCCUGAUUGAGAAUUACGACCAGUUGCGCCAGCCCGAAACUCUCUCCAAGCAGCCUUUGACCCGAACCAUUAGGGACGCAAUGGCCUUUGUCAAGAGCCUGGGUGAGCGAUACUUGUGGGUUGAUACAAUGUGCAUCAUCCAAGAUGACGCUGCCAACAAAGCGAGCGCCCUCACCCAGAUGUGCGCAAUUUACAGCUGCGCCAUGGCCACGAUAGUGGCUUCAAACGGAGACUCCGCCGACGCCGGCCUACCUGGCAUUCCGCCUACGGCCCGUAACACCACCGCAACCUUCGUCACCCCUGGACUACACAUGGCGGAGCGAUCAUCCCUGGAGAAUAUGUUGGCUAAUCACACCUACGAUGGUGUAGACGUCGAUUGUAUCUACAACACGCGCGCAUGGACAUUCCAGGAACGAUUACUAUCAAACCGGAGCAUUUACUUCCUUGAUGAGCAGGUUUACUUUCAUUGCAAGAAGCAGCUGUUGUGCGAAGACAGAUACAUCAGCGAUGACACCAGCUUCUAUACCCUGGACAAGAUGCGCACGACAAGCGCAGAACUGAAGUCCAAGACUACUCGAGCUGGCACAUAUAGUCCACUGGACGAGUUUCGUUGGUACGAAGAGAUCAUCGCAGAAUACACGGCAAAGAAAAUGGGAUACCCGGACGAUAUCAUCAAUGCUUUCACCGGCAUUGAGACUAUGCUAGCUCGUAUGUUCGAUUGGCCAUUUGUCAGCGGCCUUCCGACAUCCCUUCUGGAUCUCGCAUUACUUUGGACUCCAGUCACUACCAUCGAGCGAAGGAUUACAGCCUCGCAACAACCAAGCUGGAGUUGGUCGGGCUGGGUUGGGCGAGUCCGAUACGCAGACCUGGUGCGCCCAGGGCAUAGGCCGAUAAGCUCGUUGUUCAGGGCGCUCGCCAACCAUCAGCUCGCCACGCCAGCUACGAUUAUCUUCGAAUGUAUGAGCGUCCCUCUGAAAGCGUUGAAACUCACCAAGACUCCGAAAGGGCUUUUUGACCCAUUCCAGAGCACAUCUAGCCCCAUCACCGAAGACUCAUACUACGUCUUCGACAGCAAUAAACGUCGCUGCGGUAUGCUCAUAGGCCUUCCGCAAGAGCAUGUGCUUCCCAUCGCCAGUAGGGGCCUGAAGCUCCUUGCACUGUCUACGUGGAAUUCAAACAACAGUCUCACGAAGAACGGGCCAGUCAUCUCUCAUCUUUCGGAAAAUGGUUAUUUCUCAGACGAAGAGGUGUACGAUCAAGCCUUCCGCGAUGCAGAGUGGUGUACCUACAACGUCAUGCUCGUUCGCUCGGUAGGCGACGCGUAUGAGAGGGUUGCAGUGGGACAGAUGCAUGUAGACGCUUGGCAUGGAGCGGGUGAGACGCGGGGAAGGUUCGCGGUGAAUUGA